AACUCUAAAGUCUUAACACAUACUAUUUGCAUCAACAAUCAUAUAUAUCCCUUGGUGAAAUACGACGCCAAAUUCUGCAAUUGUUGGGCGCAACUUGUUUGUUAUAUAUAUAUCCUCGUACAUACAGUUAUAAAACCUCUCUCUCUCUCUCUCUCUAUAUAUAUAUAUAUAAUAUUAAUGCCUAUAAAAAGGGAACCAGGAGGAAGUUGUGGUUGGGGUUAUUUGGGUUUGGAAUAUAAAGGCAGUGUGGUUUAUUGCUUCCUUUUUUUCUGCACCUUAUUGAUUAUGUGGAACAAAAUCAGUGUUGUGGUAGUAGCAAUCCUUAUAAGCUUUUUGUUACCCUUAAUCUUACUUCUCAACCAACUUCGAAGGGUGUGGGACUCUAUUGACUUGGGCUCAAAAUCCCAACCUGAAAACAGGGCUUCUCAAAACAAAACUGCUCCAACAGAAAUAAUAGUGAAGCUUGUUAUAGAUAAGAAGAGAAACCAAGUUCUGUUUGUUGAGUGUGAUAAUGAAUUUGUGGAUGUGUUGCUUAGCUUUCUGACAUUACCAAUGGGAACAAUCAUAAGGAUUAGUGAUAAUAAGAAAUCUGGAAUUGGAUGUAUGGACGAAUUGUAUAAGAGUGUAGAGGCUAUGAAUCCAAAGUGUUUUUGGACCAAAGCUUGCAAGAACAUGUUGCUGGAACCAAGAAGCGCUUACGGAUUAGAGUUGAGUAAUUUAGCUGUAAAGAUUAAUGAUGGAAUAGAUUAUGCAAAGUUCUACACUUGCUCAAAAACUCCUUGCUUGAACUACGAGUCAUUGGGUUUUGUUAGUUUUUUAAAGAACUCAGUAUGUGCUUGUGGGAAAACAAUGGACAACAAACUGAGAAUGAGGUAUGGAAAUGGUGGUAGUAAAUGUAAUAAUGGUUAUUGGAGUUUCAUUAGUAGUAGGAAGAGGUUUAUUGUAAGUGAUGAUUUGCGAGUUCUUCCAGCAUCAAUAUCCAAUGCUCUGCUUCUAACACAAGGACUCGUUGAUAAUAGCAGUGUUGAACAUCGGAAUAUUCAUGUUGGUCUCCAAGAGAUUUUGCAGCUACUCCAUCACUCACUACUCUCCAAGACACCCUUAACAGAUGCUUUUAUACCAAAGCUGGGUGCUACUGAUCAGAAUAUGGAUAUCAUUCUCUUGCCGAAGGAGUACUACUCAUCUUUACACUCGCCUUGGCAGCCUUACCAAUAUUCCAGCUCUCAUCAUCAGGGGAUGAUGAUGAAUGUAAAACUAUGGUUUAGCAAGUCAACAAAGAGAGUAAUAUGCAUUGAAGCAGAAGAAGAUUUUGUAGAUUUUCUCUUCUCCUUUCUCACCAUUCCUUUAGGCUCUGUCCUCAAGCUAUUAAAAGAAAAGAAUUCAUUGCUAGGAAGCAUAGAUAACCUGUACAAAAGUGUACAAGAAAGUAGUGAUAUAUCCCCUAAAUGUAAGGAGAUGCUUCUUAGUCCUAAGGUUGAAAGAAUGUUUGGUUGUGAAAGCCUAUUGUUGCUUGAAGUGAAUGAAGAGGUGACUCAAACAGAGUUUGCUUACAACAAAUGCUAUGCUUGUUGUUUGCAAAACAAAACUACAUGCUGUUGUUGUCACAUUCAAUAUCAGAGACUUAAACUAAUGAACCCCAAAUGUCCAGGCAUGACUGAAAAGGGUGGUGGUUUUGUAAGAUCACAAGGGUGUUUUUUGAUCACUGAUAAUCUUGUAGUGGAACUCCUUUCACCAGCAUCUGGCUUGGGCAGACUUGAGAUUCCCUUUACUGAUUUGGAGGAGAUGCCAAUAGCAGUUGGAAAAGCAGAGGCUCUAGCUAUUUUCAAAGCAGCUAUGACAACUCGAAAUGUUCUGAGUCAAGUUUUUAGCUCAAUGGUGAUGAACAAGAACAAGCUUAAUAAUUUGUAUUUAAAUGAUUAUUAGGGAAUGUGAUUAUCUGGACUGUUAGAAAUAUGAGUAAUGAAUAAUGUAACAAAGAAUAAUUUUCAAAAUUUCUUGACAAGUGAUCGAGCAUUUCCAGCAUAUAUCUUUAACUUCAUCAUCUUUUAUUUGAAAAUCAAUCUAACUUCAUAAUGAUCUUUUAUUUGAAAA